AGUACUCAGUAGUCACUACUCACUACACCAGUGACUAGUGUAUUUUCAGUGAUCGUUGGCACGUCAAUCGUGUUCGAUCCACCUUCUCGACCGUUAUAUCACAUCGGCUUCCGAUAUAAGUCCUAGAAGUCGCCUGCUGAAAACAUGCCGAACAUAAUCAACGAGGUGAAGUUGGACUUCAAAGACGUGCUGCUCAGGCCAAAAAGGAGCACACUGAAGACCCGAGCUCAAGUAGACUUGUUUCGGCAUAUUACAUUUCGUAACUCCAAGCGCACGUACCAGGGUAUACCAAUGAUGGCAUCCAAUAUGGAUACUGUCGGAACAUUUGAAAUGGCAGCUGCCCUGGGAAAACAUGGGCUAUUUACUACAGUCCACAAGUAUUAUGAACCUGCUGAGUGGUUAGAGUUUGCUAACAACAAUAAGGAAAUUUUACCACACAUAGCUGUUACUUGUGGUAUAAAUGACCAUGAAUUUGAAAAACUCAAAAAUAUAUUGGAAGCCGUACCUGAUAUAUCUUUUAUCUGCCUUGAUGUGGCUAACGGCUACACUCAACAAUUUGUGGAUAUUGUUCGGAAAACACGUUCAGCAUAUCCAGAACAUACAAUAAUUGCCGGCAACGUGGUUACUGGUGAAAUGGUUGAAGAAUUAAUUUUGUCUGGUGCUGAUAUCAUUAAAGUUGGUAUUGGCCCAGGAUCAGUAUGUACCACACGUAUUAAGACAGGCGUGGGCUAUCCUCAGUUAAGUACGGUUAUUGAAUGUGCUGAUGCUGCUCACGGUCUACAAGGACAUAUUAUUUCUGAUGGUGGAUGUGUUUGUCCUGGAGAUGUUGCCAAGGCAUUUGGUGCUGGAGCAGAUUUUGUUAUGCUUGGUGGAAUGCUUGCUGGACAUGAUCAAAAUGGAGGCGAGUUAACCAUUAAACCAAAUGGCACUAAAUGUAAAUUAUUUUAUGGUAUGAGUUCGUUAACAGCGAUGAAGAAACAUGCUGGUGGUAAAGCAGAGUACAGAGCUGCUGAAGGGAAAGCCGUUGAAGUACCAUACAGAGGUGAUGUAAAUGAUACUAUUGAUAUACUUGGUGGACUUCGUUCAGCAUGUACCUAUACUGGAGCACAUACAUUAAAAGAGUUGCCUAAGCGUGCCACAUUUAUUCGAUGUACUCAACAAGUGAACUCUGUGUACUCCAACAUAACUACUCGAGAAUAAAUAACAAUACUGUUUAAUGUAUGUUGUAUAUGGUACCUACAAAAAGGUAUUUAUUUACCUGAUGUAAUAUGGUAUAAUAUUCAAUUAUUCGUUCUAUAGCAUAAUUUAUUCCAGUCACAUUUUACAUUACCUGAGCGCCUGUAGAAUUUAAGACUGUAUUUUUACAGGAUGUAUAAUAAUUUUUUAUUUUUACAAAUGUAAUUUCAAUUUUGUGAUAGAAAUAUUUUCUCAUUGUUAUUAUAAUAUUAAUUCAUUAUUCAUAAUCAAUCAUUAGUUACUAUAGCUAAUGAGCUUAACAUAUAAAAAUAAAAUUUAGGUUAGGUCUGGUUUUUAGCUUUUUGAUUUUUUUUUUUUAUAAUUAAAAUUUUGUUCUAAGUAUUUUGGAGCAUAAAAUAAUAAAUAUUAUGUUAUAUUUAUUAUAGUUGUUAAUUAUUUAUCUUUAACAAAAAAUAACUCAAAUUCUACGCAAUGUAAUUCUAAAACUGUGAUGUGAUUUUUUUUUUAUGUUUGGAAAUAUCUUUUGUUGUAUAACUUCUAAGUUUUAAAAAUGUAUUAUUUACCUAUGUUGAUUUUUAUAGAUUUCUAAUCCUAUUUAAGAUCAGACUUCAAUUGAAUAAUUUAACGCUAAUAAUUAAUAAUUAUUAGGUAGGUAAUAAAAAAAAUUAAUUUUAUUUGAACUUGUAAAAUUAUUUGAGAACUUUUAUAUUUUACUUGUUAUUUUAUCAACUAAUAAACUAAAAUUUGAUUUAAAUUUAA